AUGUCCGCCACACUCAAGGUGAGCCCGCCAAAUCUCAGCUUACCGUCCAUGAACCCAGCAAAGGUGAAAUUUUCAACUAACCUGCCCUCCAGCAACAACAACAACACCAAUAGUAAGAGUAUCAGCCAUUCCACAAUGUUGCCACAAAUUAAAUUGCCACCACCUUCACCGCUUUAUUCACCACUUUACCCAGCCAUGGAUGCGCUGGCAUCCACACCCAAUAAUUAUGCUAAUAUCAGCAACAGCAACAACAACCACAAUAGCAACAACGGCUGCGUUCUACUGAUGUCACCACCACUUAGCGCCCACAUGACCGGCGGCAAGGAUGAAAAUGAUAAAUGCCAAGAAUCAGAGCACCAACGCCUCCUCCACCAGCCACAUAUGCAGCAGCAACAACAACUGCACACAGUUGAUUUUCUUGCGCCGAAUUGUAAUCUGAAGUCAGCUUACAGUAGCAACAACUAUACGGAUUUCACCAGCGCCGAGUUGAGCUUUCCGGAUUUUUCGCUCAGUUACAUAGCUGAGACGCCCACUUCGGUUUACGGCAGCUGCAGCAUCAGCAGUAGCAACAACAAUACCGUAGAUUGUGUGACUGGUAAUCAAUGCGGACACUCCCCGGCAACUGUGAGCUUCUGCUGUGACAGCGAUGUGGUCAUGUUGCAACAGCAGCAACAACAACAACAACAGCAACAGCAAAAACAGACAACUUGCAAUGGCAGCACCGCCCAGGAUGUGUUUCGUUUCGAGCCGGAGGAUAUAGCGCGUCUAACAUCCGGCGAUGGUGAGACGAGAGACAGCUUUGUGACCUCUGUUACGAGUGAGUCGGCGUUAAUGUCACAAGGUGGCGCACUGGGCGUGACAGAUACUUUACAAGCGCCUUUUACUCCACACACGCCCUACAGCCCCUACGCUAAGCCGGCGUGCACUUUCUCAUACUGUAGUCUUUCCUCUCCCACGACUGUUGGUGGCAUAGCGAUGGAUAGCAAUUACCAGCAACAGCAACAACAAGAGCAGCAGCAGCGUAUGUCGUCAGCCAUUGCCGGUGUGGCGAGCAGCAAUUGCAGCAACAGUAAUAGUAGUUGUGACCUGAGUAGCAGCCAAUUGUUAACCGCUGGCACCGUCACUUCGGACUGCUUGAACCUCGACAUCGAGUACUACAACUAUGACGAAAUCAAUUGCCAGUCGAAAAAUCAAUCGCCGUGCUCUUCGCCGCCGCUUGAUCCCUGGAUGACGCUCAAUUUGGCCGAGACCAUUGCUAGCGCAGCGGCAGUUGAGCAAGCGGCAGCACACAGGCAGCUCAAGCAUUCACCGAAGCCCAGUAAUACUUGCCACACCUAUCAGUUCUAUGAAUCGCAGUACCAGCAACAGCAUGCGCAGGGUAUUAAGCAAGAGUCGACGACCAAGCUGCCCUCAAUGAUGUCCACCUUUGGCACACCCAAAUACGAAUCUGUCUACAACUAUGACUGUACGUUUGCCAAUGAUGACAUCAGUUCACAGCAGCACCAGCAGCAGCAUGAAUACCACCAGUGCCUGGGGCAGCAGCAGCAGCAGCAACAAGAAAAAUGGCCCUGCUAUGACGCCACACCACUGCCAGCCAACACAGUCGCUCACAAUUACGAUCAUUUGCCAGAGAACUAUCAGAAUUGCAAUUUGUUGCAUGCGGAGAAACCCAACCGCGAACACAAAAUUAUUUGGACCAUUGACGAACUGGACGAGAUGCAUGAGGAGCUUAUCGAUGAGCUGUGCUGUGCCAGCGCUAAGCAAUCUAAUCACAUGAGUGGCGAUGAGGAUGUGAAUGUGGACAUCGCUGACUAUUUCGAAGAAGAAAAUUCGCUCGAUUUUGCCCUACAGGUGGCAAGUAAUGAGCCCGUGUUUGUUAAUGGCGAUGAGAAUGAGGAUGAUAACGAUUCGGUGUUUCAUGCCACUGAAUAUGCCUCCACCACAAUACCAAACACCAACAAUAAAAAUCAGUUAGCGCAAGCAACACAACAAAAUUUACAACCGCCACGUCGUCGACGCCGCUGCACAUCACCAAAGAAUGCCACAAAUGCUGCCGUUACCAAAAAUAAACCAUCUUGCAAUGCCAAAACGACAGUAAUGCGCGCGAAUUAUGAUGCACAUGCCAUGGGCGACAUAGUGCAACAACAAAAACAAGUGGUAGACGUGGACGCGUUGGCCGAUGAGGCGCAAAUCUGUCUGUGGACCGAUUGCAAUGAAGAAUUUCCCAAUCAAGCGGAGUUUGUGGCACACAUCGAGAAGCGUCAUGUGGACGUAAAGAAGGGCGAUGAUUUCUCUUGCUUUUGGCUGGACUGUCCGCGUCGUUAUAAGCCCUUCAACGCACGCUAUAAGCUCUUGAUACACAUGCGUGUGCACAGCGGGGAGAAGCCGAACAAAUGUCCGUUUCCUAGUUGCAGUAAGGCAUUUUCACGUUUGGAAAAUUUGAAAAUUCAUCAGCGUUCGCACACGGGCGAGCGCCCAUAUGGAUGCCAAUAUAAAGGUUGCCUGAAGGCGUUUAGCAAUAGUUCGGAUCGGGCGAAGCAUCAGCGAACGCACUAUGACACGAAACCAUAUGCUUGCCAACUUCCCGGCUGUACGAAGCGCUACACCGACCCUUCUAGCCUGCGAAAGCAUGUCAAAAAUCACGCGCUGCGCAAUGCCAAUGGCCAUUUGGGACGCAGAAAGUCGGCGAGUGCGGCUAGCGGCAAUAAAAAAGUCAACAAUAGUAAUGGCAAAGUGAUGACAGCUAAAAUGCGACGACAUUCGGAGUCAUCACUGGCGCAUGCGGCAGAGCAAACAACUGGCACAACGGCAUUAGCAGCGCAAGCAGCAACAGCAACAGCAACAACAGCUGUGGUAUUAAUGCAAGCGACACUAAUUGGCGGCAAAUUAAUGAAUAAUACGCAAAAUCAGCAGCAACAACAACAACAACAACAACAGCAACUGCAGCAACCUCUACAACCGCAACAGAACACGCGACAACAACGCAGCAACAGUUGCAGUGAAAUGUCAACACGCUACAACAAUAACAAAACCAAUUGCGCCAACAACAGCAACAGCAACAGCAAUAAGUGCAGCUAUUAUGACAAUCACGAUGAGUUAAUGACAACACCAACAAAGCCAACAACAUCGAAAGCUAUUGUAAGGCCUGUAAAAUUACAGGGGCCAGCACAAACAACAGCGUCAACAACAACUGUAACAGCUUGCAAAGCAACAACAACAACAGCAACAACAUCAAAAUCAACAGCAAUUCCGUAUACGAUUAUGCAACAUGCCAAUAAUGCGUUGAGUAUCAGCAACAUGGCCACAAUAUUUGUUGCCACUACUAAUGCCAAUGCCAAUAAUAUGAACAGCAAUAACAGCAACAAGAACGACUGUGGCAACAAUAUUAGCACGAGUGGCUGCAAAAACAAUUCGAUGAACUUUAAUGAGUUGUCAAAUUGCAUUGUGACCAUCGAACACAAUCAAAACGAGAAUUCAAUUGAUUGUAGCGGCAACGACGGCAACGACGACAACAACGACGACGACAACAACAACAGCAAGAGCAACUGUGGCAGUAAUAAAGCCAUUAACAGGCCCACGGGCACACGGAAAACAUACGCCACACGAGAGGAGCAGGAAAUGGAUGCGUUAAGUGAGUGCAGCGACGGCAAUAGCAACAGCAACAACAGCAACUGCAGCUGUGGCAGCAACAAUGAGCACAUCAAUCAAUUAAAUGAACUUGCACAAUUUUUGCUAUUAAAACCGAAAGCCACGAACUGCGCCAAUACCAGCGUCGGCAGCAAACAGUCAAUAACGAGUAGUGCAACAGCAGCAGCAACAACAACAACAACAUCACCUACGGACACAGUUAUGUGGCACACACCGGCUAAUUGCAACAAAUAUAUGGCGCAUACAAAUGUCGCUAAUUUGACGGCUAUUAGCAACAUUAGCCCGGACGCGGAACUGACCGACACUGCCUAUAAAGAGACAGCAGCAGCGCACAGUAAUAAUAGCAGCAACGCCCAUCAACAAACUCAUCAUUCCGCCUCACCAACAUCAACUGCAACAGCAGCACAAACACACUCACAAGCACACAUACACACAACACAGGAGUUCGUCUCGUUCGAGUACGUGAAACGUAUGCUGGCCGAAUCAUUCGAUUACGAGGCCGAAAUCGAUAGUCCCAGCGGCGUGGAGACCACUGCCAAUACAGCCGAGCAGCGCACAAUAAAUGCCACUAAUAAUGUUGCUGAAGCUGCUGCAGACGCGCAACAUGCCAUUAGCCUAAAUAAACAAUGCAGCGUAACAACGCAAACGGCUGCCGGACAAAAUGGUGGCUUGGCUAAUAUGGCUGGUGGGGGCGACGAAAAGCCCAGCGACAGCAACAACAGAAACAUUACCAGCAGCAGCAGCAGCAGCAACAAUGCUGGGCCAGAUUAUGCAAAUAAUUUCGAGAUGGAUUAUAUGCAGAGUUUCAUGUAG